AUGUCGAACCACCGUGUCAAUAGUCAUGACUCAGAUUCACCCAAGAAAUCUCAAGAUCAGCCCCUGAACCGAGCUUGUGAGUCCUGCCGAGUGUCAAAAGUUCGGUGCCUGGUCAAUCCGGUGGCAGGGUCAACCCAAUGCCAAAGAUGCGCAAAAGCCGGCAAGGCCUGUGUCUUCGCGCCACCGGCUAAAAGGCGCCAGCGGAAAAGAACAGACGUGCGAGUCACAGAGUUAGAAAAGGAGAUUCAGCAGAUGCGCAGCCUGCUGAAAUCGAACAACCCGUCAUCCAAUGAUAUCAGUGACCAUGAGUCCGUGGACGAGCAAUCCGACGAGCAAGCGCUGCAUGGAGAGAAAGAGAUAUCUCCAGACCCACAGACCCACGGCAGCGCAACAGCUACCACAUUUCCCCCCAUCCAAUGGCCUACUAUACCUGCAACUAAGGCACCGGUGGCAGGUCCCACUAAUAGCUGCGGUCCCAGGGAUUUAUUAGGACCUGCGGAAAACGAUAUCAUAGACCGUGGUGUGAUUACAGAAGAGCAAGCUGAGGAGUUGUUGGCUAUCUGGAGUAAUGAGCUGGUCCAUGCAUGUCCUGGUAUCACAAUACCUAGAGAAUGGACAGCCUUGGAUCUCAGGGCGAAGAAGCCAGCGCUCUUUCAUGCCAUCAUGGCCGCGGCUGCACACUCGAAGGGAUCUGCUUUAUCGGACAGCUUGCAUGAAGAAGCAGUGUAUGUUUAUGCGCGAUCGGCCUUCAUCAAGGGCGAGAAGUCCGUACAGGCUAUACAAGCAUUGCUUGUUACAGUUGCCUACAACUCGCCUCCAAAAACUCCAGGACAAUUGCAAAUCUAUCAGUGGGUCAACAUGGCGGCCUCGAUGGCGCUCGAACUUGGCCUCGCCUCCAAACCUAGAACGCACGAACAACUUCCUAAACGAGCAAUCCGAUCGUUACCAAAGAUUUCGUCUCCUGAAGAGCUUCUCGAACAUUGUAGAACCGUACUAUGGGUCUAUAUUAUCAGUGCUGGCUUCUCAAUGAGACUAAAGCGACCCAAUAUCCUCUUAUUCAAUAGCUGGUUGGCAGAAUGCUCCAACAUGCUCGAAAAAUCAAAAUUACUAGACGACAAGAGGAUCAUCGCAUGGCUGAAGCUUCAAAGAAUCGCCGACGAGGCGAACACAGCGUUUGGCUUUGACGAUGCGAGCACUAGCUUCAGCCUGUCUGAACUGCGGAUGCAAAUCGUUCUGAGGAUUUUCGAUCGUAGGAUGCAAGAUUGGAAGAGAUCUGUUCCAGAGGAUGUGUUGACCUUAUUUACAACAAUGGAGUUCCAUCAAAAUAUGUUGUCGAUGUGGGAGUUUGGCAUGGACGGAGGCCAAUACGACGUCACCGAGUUUCGCAAUCGACAUCUCACACUUCCCGCUCUGGACGAUGACAGUGUGCAACCUGAGUCUCUACUUUCACGAUCCGCCCUACAAAUCAAUGCCACGACGAAGUGUAUCAGCGCUGCACACUCGAUUUUAGAGUGCUUCAUCUCAAUAUCCACUGAGAAGUUACAAAGGGCGCCUAAUGUAAUCUACGUUAGGGCUAUUUAUGCCCUCGUGGCACUCAUGAAGGCAGAAUAUGCUGUCGGCACGGAUCCAGACAUGGAAGAGUUACUCGAUAGCCAGAGUCUGAAGGUGGGUUAUUACCUUGACACUGUGAUGCAGAAAGCGUCUGAAGCGACGGGGCCGCAAAACUGUCGCAUACCAUCACAUUGGAGUUUUGUGCUAGAGGCUAAACUCAAGUCAUGGUGGGUCGAAUAUCAAGAGUGGCGCAAAGAAGGUCGCCACUUGAAGCGCAGAAAGAUGAAUGGUGCGGAUAGGAGCGCGACGGCAACAGGCAACCAGACGCCUACCUUCGCGGUACCCAAUCCACUGCCUUCAACGUCUUCAAAUACUAUGCAGCUAUCGACGCACCAGGACAUGCAUUCAACAUCCCAACUCCCCCUUGGUACCCUCUAUCCAUCUUGGCUCGAUACUGGCAGCUCCAGUCAACCCAUUGGCGAUCAAGCAACCUUCACACCAGAUAUAGGCGACUUCUCGGCUGCAUUUCAGCAUGGCGACUUGUACCUCUGGAAUGACAUGAUAGCUGACAAUAUCGUUGGCUGGGGACCACAAAGUGGCACAUAUAAUACGGGAUUUGGGCCGUUGAACGGCCAGGGAUUUUAG